AUGGUAUCAAUUGUUUCUACUGCACAGGCUAGUCUUUUGAAUGAAGAUGCGUACGACAAAAAACUUCGAACAAACACUCGAAACUGCGGAGUUUGGGGAACAGCAUUUUGUUGCUUAAACUUGAAGGGGAGUGUAAUUGUAAUUGCGAUUAUAUAUGGGAUGAUGCAUAUAUUUUCUAAUAUAGGCAUAUUACUAUUGGGAAGAAUAAGCCAUAUAAGUGGUAGUAAUUAUGGGGAGAAGUUACCACUAGUAAAAAACUUAUUGUUGUUUUUAAUAAAUACUUUUGGAAACCAAUUAUUUGGAAAUAUCAAUAACUCCACACUAACUUCACAAAUAGUUGUAGAAACAAAGUUAUUGAAAACCUUGUUGAAAUUUCUUGAAGUUUCUUGCUAUACUAAUGGAAUAAUUUUUGUUUUUGGAAUGCUUACAGGGAUACUCAGUUGGUUCUGGUUAACUGCGAUUCUGCUUAUUGCACUAUGGAUAGAAUCUAUUAAAUCAAUUUCUUCAAUUAUAUAUAUUACAUAUCUGCUAAUAUUUAUUUUGAAAAAUUGGUUUCUCGCAGCAGUCUCAAUAUUUAUUUCAGUUGUUUUGUUGCUCAUUACAUACUUUUUCUCAUACUAUUCUAUUCAAAUAGUUUAUUCGUUGUAUUUGGUUCAAUUAGCAGGUGGUAGAGGUAACGAAUACGUUGCUUAUUACAAGUUAAGGAGAUUAUUCCAAAACUCUGGAAUAAAUAAGUUUUCUAAUUCUGUAACGGAAAAGAGUUUACUAAGAAGUAUGGAUGAAAGCUCAUCCCUUAUUCGAGCCAACCAAAAUCCCCAUUUGAAUGUAUAA